GGCUCACUAGCCGCAGUUCACACUUAGCUUUAGGAGCUGGCACGGACAAACGGCAACAGCUUCAACAGCACAACCCACCCAAGUCUCCCAGCUACUCAUCGUCAAUCAAACCACUCGAUAGCGCUCCUCACGCAUUCUUGGUCCUCCGUCUGCUAUUUAGAAGAUAAUCGAAGAAUACCCGCAGUAAUGAACAGCGACGAAGCAAAAGCGGCCAAAGAGGCCGAGCAGGCGGCACACUACGCCCUGAUCGAACAGCUCGACAUCCACUCCAUCCACAAGUCCUUCCGCAACCCCUCGUGGCGGCCCAACCAGCGGCGAAACAAGAACAUCAAGACCAUUCUGGGCGACGCCUCCAGGAAGGAAGCCUCUAUGGCCGUGACGCCGAUGGAAAACGGCUCCGGCGCCGUGACGCCAAACAACAACCGCGACGGCGACGACAAGGACGACGGCCUCUCCACGAGCGGGACCUCGACCCCGGCCAACGACGCAUCCUCGACGCCAGGCGGGGCGGGCGGCCCGCCCUCGUCGUCGCAGCCCAACCUCGCGCAGGCGUCGCGCAGCCUCUCGAAGCUCGUGCUGGAGAAGAGCCUACGCCCCGCCGGCGCCGGCACGACGGCCGGCGGGCUCAGCGGGGGCGGCGCGGGCGCGCCCAGCGCGACGUACACCAACAUCGAGAGCGCGCCGAGCCUGGCGCCGCAGAAGCGGUACUGCGACGUCACGGGCCUCCCUGCCCCGUACCAGGACCCCAAGACGAGGCUGCGGUACCACGACAAGGAGGUCUUCGCCAUGAUCAGGGGCCUGCCGCAGGGCUAUGCUGAACAGUACCUGGAGGCGCGUGGCGCGCAUACGGUUCUGAAGUGAGGGCUACGAUUUGUGUGGUUCGGAGUGCUAGUUUGGCGACUACAUUUUCAAUGAGGCUGGGUGGAAUGAGGCGGAUGAUAUUGAGGCUACAGAUACAGGAUGGCGGCGAAUGGCGUUCAAGGAGAAACAAUAUGCGACUUGCGAGAUACCAGGCGUCAAGAAGCAGGCAAUUUUUUGUUGGGAAGCCACCGGAGGCUGUUGCAUUGGAGAAGCUUGGUCGAAUCGCCAGCAUGCGUAUGAUGGCAUUGACAAGAGGGCAGAGAAAGAAGUAUGUACGACCGUCAAAGUCAAGCCCCGACUACGCACCCGAAGUCUUUCGACGACGGGAUGACAGUUGACGCUCCGGCUUAAUCGCGAUCGAUUGCUCUAUGCCUUAAUUUCCAAAAGAAAAAGCCGACAGAUCACCGAGAACUCGUGAGAGAGGCAGGACUCAGUUACCAAGCAAAAGAGCUUGGCCGUCGGGGCAGUGGGUUGUGCGGGAUUAUGAACAGAGGGUAGAUAUCAAAGAGAGUUUUGGGGUGUCCAACCCAGAGGGCAGGAUCUCUUGCCUUGCAAUUGGUAGGAAAUAUCAUUCUAAGGCGGCGGGGAUGCCCCACCGCCCAAGAAUUGUGAUACCAUCAUCGCUUUCAAAGGCCAGGCAGAUGUGGCUUGCUUGUUUACAAUGGAUGCGAUGCGAGAAACAUGCUGCA